UGGUUUUUCUUGCGAUUCUCACUCAUGGACGUCUGCAAUGAUCACCCAAGACUUCCAUCUACUAGAUGGCCGAAUGUUUGCCGCCAUGAAGUUUUUCUCAGUUUCAGAGGAGAAGAUGUUCGGAAGAGCUUCAUUGAAUUUCUCUACCACGGCCUCAUCGAUUCGGGGAUCUCUACUACGUUCAUUGAUUAUGAUGGGAUUGGGAUCGGAGAAGAGAUCAUGGAUAAGAUCUUCCAAGUGAUAGGGCACUCCGAUAUAUGCAUUCCCGUCUUCUCCAAAGAUUUCGCUUCCAGCAAGAGCUGUCUGAAAGAGUUGGAGAAAAUGGUGGACUGUCACAAGACGAUCAUGCCCAUUUUCUAUGAUGCCAGCCCUUCCGUGGUUGGCCACCAGCAGGAGAGUUACCAGCAGUCCUUCUUCAACCAUGCGGACGAGGGGGUGGAGCCAGCAACUAUAAACAAGUGGAAGGAGGCUCUGCGGAGUGUUUCAGAAAAACGAGGAUGGGAAUUGGAGAAAUUCCAGCACGGGGAGCAUGAACUAAUCACAGAUGUUGUUUCCACGGUCCGCCGGCUGUUGAGCAAGGAUGACUUAGAUGUGACAGCACAUUUAGUGGGGAUGGAUCACCCUGUGCAAGAGGUGAUGAAAACACUUGAUGUCCGCUAUGAAAACGGAGAAGUUUUUGAAGGGCAAAUGCUGACAGAAAAACGUGUGGUUGUGAUAUCGGGCCUUCCAGGAAUUGGUAAGUCGACUCUUGCCACGGUUGUCUACAACAAAAUCCAUCAUCUGUUUGAAGGUAAGAGCUUCCUUAAAGAUAUCCACGGAGAGGUUGAGCAAGGGAGGCUCCUGUCUCUCCAAGAAGAUUUAAUUAGUAGCCUCCAAAAAAGGAGAUGUACCCUCAGAUCUUCUGCUCAAGGCACCGAAUUUAUCAAAUACAAAUUUAGAGAUCUGAGAGUUCUCAUUGUUCUCGAUGACGUCAGUGAUUUUAAACUGAUCAAUUCACUAGCUGGAGAUCCAAUUUGGUUCGGCCCAGGAAGCAGGAUCAUCGUGAUCUCUACAACAAGCGAUCUUGUUGACAAGUAUAGUCAGGUGCCUGUGACCUCUACAAACAGCAGCACUGUUAACAUUUGCGACGGCAUCAUCGUUGAAAAAUAUGAGCUGAAUCAAAUGAAUCAUGACCAUGCUUUACAGCUAUUCUGUAAAUAUGCUCUUGGAGGAAACCCUCUUCAAGGGGAACUCUCCCGUUUGGCACAGGACAUUACUUCGGCUAUUGGAGGGCUUCCCCAUGUUAUUCAGGUUGUUGGCUCAUCUCUAUUUGGAAAGCCCACAGAAUUUUGGGAGGAGGCAUUGGAUAGAUUGAACCGAGAGCCAUAUGCUGAGGAAGUAAAACGAAUUCUGAAGAGAAGAUAUGAAGAUUUAGAUAAAUAUGCCCAAGAGAUAUUUCUCGAUAUAGCAUGUUUUUUUGAGGGAGAGGACAAGACAAUACCCUCUUAUAUGUGGAAAGCUUGCAAAUAUGAUCCUUACAGAGGACUCGACCAGCUUCAUAAUAUGUCUUUGGCAAAAACCAGAGAAAAUAAUGAAUUGUGGAUGCACAAUCAACUAAAAGUCCUUGGGAGGGAGAUUGUGAAGGAGGAAAAUCCACGUAAACCUUUCAAGCGAAGCAGGCUAUGGAAUCAGGAGGAUAUUGAACCAGCCUUGAACAAAAGGAAGGUCGAUGCAGUUGAAGCCCUUAGUGCCACAUUGGACAACUCCCAUUCAUUUUCUGAACGAAGAUUUUUUCGCAGUUUCUCAAAUCUCAGGUUUCUUAGAAUGAACCACGCUAUUACUAAAGGAAAUAAGCAGAUUGCAAAGAACCCCAAGAAGAAUCUUUUUCUUCCACGAUUAAAGUGGCUUGAAUGGCAAUGGUGCCACAAUAUCUCCAGUCUACUUGCUUUAGAUCUAUCUGACUUGGUCGUUCUUGAUCUGUCUAGGAGUACCUCUAGAAUUUGGCGGUGCCGGAGGCGAAUAAUGAAGAAGGCCAAGAACUUGAAAGUUUUGAUCCUAAAAGAUUGUGCUUGGCUAGUUGACUGUCCAGUUUCCUAUGCACCUGUGAACUUAGAGAGACUAAACCUGGAACAUUGUUCUACAUUACCGGGUGUUGGCAGAUCCAUUAGCAAGCUAACGAACUUAGUUUCUUUGAAUAUCAAGUUCUGCAGCUUCGUGCAAGAGUUGCCAGAAGAUAUGGCUGCCUUAGCAGCUUUGAAAGAGCUUUACAUAGAUGGAACUUCCAUUAGAACCAUCGAUUUCCCCGAGGGUUCAUAUGUGAAGCUUGAAAUUCUGAGUGCUUGCAACUGUAAAUCCUUGUCUCUAUCCAAUUCAAUUGGUAACUUGAAAUCUCUCUCGUACCUAGCAUUGGAUGACACUAAACUGAGUGAGCUCCCGUGUUCUAUCGGAUUGCUGAAAAAUCUACGGACUCUAUCGCUGAGAAACUGCAGGCGCUUGUGGAAACUGCCAGAUUCCAUUGGAAGCCUCGAGGAGCUGCAAGUCAUGGAUCUUUCUGAUGCGAUAGUUGAUGAACUACCUUCAUCUGUCAAGUACUUGAGAAACUUGAGAGUACUAAAGAUGCCGCGCACUUUUAUAAGAGAAUUUCCUGGGGGCAUUAUGAAUGUAGAGAGUUUAGAAGAGAUAGAUUUCUCGGGCUGCAGAUGUUUGACUGGGGAAUGCGACAUUACGGGAUUAUUCUCUUUGAGGGUAUUAUUUCUAGUAUAUACUGAUAUUUCUCAGCUGAUUGUGACAGAUCGUCAAUACCGUAAUCCCCAAAACCUCAAACUAGAUGACAAUGUUCGCAUCUCGAUAACUGGAACUACUAAAAGAAUACAGCAUCAGCUCAACAGAUUUGAGAUGAGGACACAGUUCCCAGCUGACAGACAUCACGUCGGCGUGCCAACGAUGAGUCAGAGACCUUAACAAGGCGGCAGACAGAAGCAAGAGAGCCACCGGUGGAUGAAGUUUGGCUAAACAGGAAGGAAGCGCUCAUAUCUCUUUGAUUCAAAGUUGCAACUGAUCAAGCAUGUCAACUGAUCUGCCUGCAAUAAGGCCUAUGAGGGGCAUUCUAUUCUGAAUUUUCCAAUCUACAUCCUUCUUUCUUUUUCUUGGCUAUCACACUCGCACACUUUCCAUUGUCUUGUUUGUAUGUCAGUUUCAUGCAAUUGUGCACCUCCAUCUUAGUUUCCGUAUGACUCGUUGAAAGUCUGCACAGUUUAGUUGAUCAUCUAUUCAUCGCAUAAGCAUAUUGGCAUUGAAUUUUA